AUGGAGAAAUUCGAAAUGGCUCAGGCCGAGCCUGUACUCAACCAAGUGGCCGAAACCGAUGAGCAAUAUCCUGUUGAACUGGAUAUCAAGGAGAAUGAACCGCUACUGGACCUCGAAAGCCAACAAGAUGGAAAGCAUGUGCUUUCUCAGCGUCCUACAGAGCCAGCUGCCAAUAGGACGAAGACGUUCAUAUACCUGGCGACUUAUUUUAUAAUGAACUUGAGUCUCACAUUUUACAACAAAGCUGUUAUGGGUUCGUUUCCGUUCCCGUGGAUUCUCACAGCGGUACAUACCGGAAGUGCUGCUCUUGGAAGUUCAGUCUUCUUGAUGUUCGGGCAUUUCCAGCUAACGAGGCUGACGCCGCGCGAGCAUCUGGUCCAUUUCAUGUUCUCGCUCUUGUUCACGCUGAACAUUGCAAUGUCAAAUCUGUCGUUAGCCAUGGUCUCUGUUCCCUUCCAUCAAAUCAUGCGAGCGACAUGCCCGCUCUUUACCAUUCUGAUAUACCGUGUUAUUUUCUCCCGAAGAUAUGCACUGAUCACGUAUCUGUCCAUCGUCCCGGUAAUGCUAGGCGUCGGACUGGCUACCUUUGGUGACUACUACUUCACCGCCAUUGGAUUCACCCUGACACUCAUCGGUGUGGUCCUCGCUGCCAUAAAGACCGUUGUUACCAACCGUUUGAUGACGGGGCGCCUGCGACUACCCGCUCUGGAGCUGCUCCUCCGCAUGGGGCCCCUGGCCGCAGUGCAAUCUCUGCUGUACUCGGUGCUCAUUGGCGAAUUCUCAGAAUUUCUUGCUUUUGUGAAUGCCGGACACUUUACAAGGGAAAGGAUUCUGACAGUCUCGGGCAACGGCCUGCUCGCAUUCGGCCUCAAUGUCGCGUCUUUCGAGACGAACAAGCUGGCGGGCGCGUUGACCUUGACCAUCUGUGCAAAUCUCAAGCAAUGUCUGACCAUCGUAUUGGGAGCCUUCUUGUGGGACGUGCCUGUCAGUCCGAUGAACGGCGCGGGCAUCCUGCUCGCUCUGGCAGGUGGAGCGUGGUACAGUAGUAUAGAGCUUAAGUCAAAGGCGAGAGCAAGUGGAUGA